AACAAAUAUUUACAUUACAUAAAGUUGAUUUUAAUCAUGUAUAUUUUUUCAGCAAACAAAUUCACCGACGAGUCUCUUAUGUAUACCGAGGAUCAUCAUUUACAAGAAAUAUGAAUUUGUGAAAUGGGGCCACGCAGGAUUAUUUUAUCGGUAGUACAAAGACUGUUUGAUCAGGUAAUGGACACGGACGAAACAAAGCCUUCAAUCUCCGACACUGAGAAGGAUCUUGGAAGUUUAAAAAUACUUCGCCGUACGCUUGAAGAUAAUCCAAAGAGUAGAAGAGUAUUAUAUUCGAAAUUAGAUGGGGACCAAAUACCCGAUCAUAAGGAGCUAUUAUUGAUGAUUCGUGUAUUGUGCGGAGAAAUGGUCUAUAAACUCAUGAAAGACCACGAGUAUCCAUCUAGAGAAGACAAAGAAGCGUUAGCAAUAGGUAUAAUCAAAGCGAUCCCCAAACUGAAGGAACUUAAAGGACCUGAUGAAGCACCAGAUCAUGUGAGUGUUUUUUUCUGGAAAAAUGGAGGGAAAGGGCCUAAUCAUGAGCACACUGGUAUGAUCCAGACACAUUUACGGAAUGCAGCAAAGAAUCUCCCCCAAAGCGACCGGAAAUUUACACACAAGAUUAAAAAACCAAAUAUUACAAGUAUUUCAUCGAUUAUUUUGGAGCAAGCAGAAGAAUGUUCUCAGCUUGAAAGGAAUGCGGCCAAUUUCAAUAAAAUAUCAAAAUAUAUGGCCGAUACUCAUGAACUGCAUGUAUUGCUCUUAUAUAACAAAAAAUCCGUGCAGGAUAUACUAAAUGUAUUUCCUCACCUAAUGUCGUUCGAGGGUUUGCAAAUUCAAAAGGCAUUCGAAAGGCUCAAUCCUGGAUAUAACACCAAUUCUGAUUUACGACAAAUAUUCGCAAGAGGACUUUUGAUAGAAGACGACAAGCACAUGAAUGUUCAUGAUGAUGGUGUGCGAGGUUGUCUACGGAUCAUGGCUGCAUUGACGAGACGUGGCAUAAAACAGAAAUCAGCGCUGCAACAUCAAAAUGUGGAAGAUGAACUUGCCGCGCCAUUGAUCACAUGGAUUGAGGAUUGUUUUUUACAUGAGGAAUGUACUGCUAUUAUGCGCAUAAUUGAUACGAACGAGUCGUUGGGGAAUCUUUUGGCUAAAUACAUUGCAAUAAAUAUCGAGUCCGGUUCAUUUCCACCACCACAUGUUGUGUGUAAAACUGGAAAUUAUUACCUAUUCAUGGAAGGUGAACUCAUUGCAUGCGGAGAAGAAUCUGUGCAGUCCAUUGACUGCCUAUUCAAAAGUUUCGCAGUAUUUGGGAUAGGUGUGCCGACAGCCCUGAAGAAGGUCCACGAAUUCGUUGAAAUAAGUGGUUAUAAGUUAAAAUUUUACAGCGCUAGACUUUCUGUUCGUCGUCUCACUGCAUCGUUUACGGAGUCAUUCAAAGUUGAGAAUAUAAUGUAAA